UUUAAAUUUUAAAUAUCCAAAAUGAGCACUAGAGAAGAACUCAUCUACAUGACAAAGUUGACAGAAUAAACAGAGAGAUUUGAAGAUAUGGUCAAUUACAUCAAAUAAGUUGUAGAGAAUGGUUAAGAAUUGUCAGUUGAGGAAAGAAAUCUUCUCUCUGUUGCUUAUAAAAAUAGCAUUGGUGGAAGAAGAACAGCUUGGAGAGUUUUAUCAAGUAUUGAAAACAAAGAAGAAGGAAAGGUAUAAAAAUAAAUAAUUUUACAUAGGCUUAAUCUUAACCAGCAUCAUAAAAGAAUCUUGUUUUGAUCAGAAGCUAUAAGAAAAAGAUUGAAGAAGAGCUUAAUCAAUACUGCAAUGAUAUUCUUAAUUUGAUCGAUAGCCAUUUAAUCAAAACAGCUUCAACCCCAGAAGCCAAGGUGUUCUUCCACAAGAUGAAAGGAGAUUAUCACAGAUAUAUUUCUGAAUAUGCUACAGGAGAUCAACAUAAGAAAGCUGCUGAUGGUGCACUUGCUGCCUAUUAAGCUGCUUCUUAAGUUGCUAACUCUGAAUUAAAGACAACAAACCCAAUUAGAUUAGGACUUGCUUUGAAUUUCUCCGUUUUCUAUUAUGAAGUUUUAAAUGAUGCCGCCAAGGCUUGCUAAUUAGCUAAAUCAGUAAUUAUAUUUAAUUUAUAUCUUUAGGCUUUUGAUGAUGCCAUUGCAGAUAUUGAAUAAAUCUAAGAAGAUUAAUAUAAGGAUGCCACAACCAUCAUGUAACUCAUCAGAGAUAAUUUAACAUUGUGGACCUCAGAACUUGAAGAUGAAGGUGGUAAUGUUGAAAACCUCUGAGUUGGAUAUCAGUUAUGAUAUAUAUAUUAUAUAUAUAAUUAUAUAUAAGAAGAGACAUCAC